GACGUAGGAUUGGAAUGAGGGAGUGAAUGUUCCGGGUCAGAAACUGGACGGGAGAGGAAAUUAACUCCGGGAGGAGACGAAAAAAAAAACGGAUAAUGCUACACCUCCUGUACGAUGAGAUGUAGCCGGUGUUUUUUACGAUAAAAAGAGGGGUUUAACAGCCAGGGUGGGCGACGCCACACGAGGAACCGAGUGGAGAGAAAAAAAAAAACAAAAACAGGUGCCUAAACUAACCAAAGUGACACCGCGACGGAGACUAAAUCCAUGUUCGUCGCGAGCUGACGGACGCUAGCUCGGUAACGGUCGGGUUUCGGUGUUUUUUUACUUCGGUGUGUGAGUUGUGUUUGACGGUGAAUUUAACCCGGGACCGUCCCGCCGGAGCAAUCUGUUGCAUCCCCCUCCUCUCCGUUGUUUGUUUAUUGCACGAGUACGAGAUUUCUCGCCGCCUCCCCCGUGAUGUUUCACUGUAUCCCCCUGUGGCGGUGCAACCGUCAUGUGGAGAUGAUCGAUAAACGCCACUGCUCCCUGCUCUAUGUGCCCGAUGAGAUUUACCGAUACGGACGGAGUUUGGAGGAGCUGCUGCUGGAUGCCAACCAACUCCGAGACUUGCCUAAGCCAUUUUUUCAGCUGAUAAAACUAAGGAAACUCGGCCUGAGUGACAAUGAGAUCCAGAGACUUCCACCAGAAAUAGCCAACUUCAUGCAACUCGUAGAACUGGAUGUCUCUCGAAAUGAUAUUAUGGAAAUUCCAGAGAGUAUUUCAUACUGCAAAGCUCUUCAAGUGGCAGACUUCAGUGGAAAUCCAUUAACAAGAUUACCUGAAAGCUUUCCAGAGCUAAGGAAUCUCACAUGCCUUUCCAUCAAUGAUAUUUCAUUGCAAGUUCUUCCAGAUAACAUUGGAAACCUCUCCAAUUUGGUAUCGCUAGAACUCAGAGAAAAUCUGCUGACAUUCCUACCAGAGUCACUAUCUCUGCUUCAUCGACUUGAAGAACUUGACCUAGGCAAUAAUGAACUCUACAGCUUGCCGGAGACAAUAGGCUGUCUUGUCAGCCUCAAAGACUUGUGGCUUGAUGGAAACCAGUUGGUUGAAAUACCUGCAGAAAUGGGCAGUAUGAAAAGCAUGUUGUGUCUGGAUGUAUCUGAAAACAAACUGGAGCGACUUCCAGAAGAAUUAGGAAACCUGACGUCUCUCACCGACCUGCUGGUGUCUCAGAACCUAAUCGAUGCUCUACCAGAAAGCAUUGGAAAACUACGGAAGCUUUCAAUAUUGAAAGCUGAUCAGAAUAGACUAACUUACCUUCCAGAAAGCAUUGGAAAUUGUGAAAGUCUUACUGAACUUGUGUUCACAGAGAACCAGCUACAGAGUUUGCCUAGAAGUAUUGGGAAAUUAAAGCGACUUUCCAACUUCAACUGUGACAGAAACCAGCUAAUGUCAUUACCUAAGGAGAUUGGCGGUUGCAGUGGUCUGAACGUCUUCUGUGUACGAGAGAACAGACUGACGAGGAUACCAUCAGAGCUGUCACAAGCCACAGAACUGCAUGUGCUCGACGUCUCUGGGAAUCGGCUCACACACUUACCGCUGUCGCUGACCGCGCUACGACUGAAGGCCUUGUGGUUGUCGGAAAACCAGUCGCAGCCUCUGCUCACCUUUCAGACCGACGAGGACCCUGUCACGGGCGAGAAAGUGCUCACCUGCGUCCUGCUGCCCCAACAGCCAUAUGAGUCUGAAAAUAAAGGUUCUGAUAAUCUUGCCCGCUUUGGAGCGCUGGAGAGCCUGGUGAACGACAUGGCAGACGACACGUGGGAUAAUAAAGCCAUGAACAGGACAAGUGCCAUUCACUUCCUGGAUGAUGAUGAUGAGGAAGAUGAUGACAAGGGAACACUACUUCGACGGGCCACGCCUCACCCUGGGGAGCUGAAGACCAUGAAGAAAGCAGCUGAGAACCUCCGAAACGACCUGAUUGCUGCCAAAGCCCUGGACUCCAACAAAAACGAGGUCAAUAACGCUGCAGACAGAGUGACUACGUCUGUGUGUAUUCAGCAACAGCUGGUGUCCUCUGACUAUCUCCAGGAGUGUAGAUAUCCUCCAACUAACUCAUCCCUCAGAACCAGUGUCCAGAACUGGGUCAACCCAUGUGUGAGCUGGCUGGAAAACAAAGAGAGUCUGCAGGAGAGAACUCACCUGUUUCCAGCCGGCGACAGUGUGUGUGGUCACUGCUCCAGUGCAGAGAAAGAUGCAGAGGAGAUGAAACACCCUGAGGAGGAUGGUGCAGACCAGCUGUCAAAGACUGAUGCCUUGCAAUGUCGGUUUCGGCAUCAGAGAAAUGAAACCCGAGACAGCAAGAAAUUUCAGCCACACAGACCUCUUAAAGCGGGGUCCGGUCUUCAGGAAGACCCUGCUCACAGCGCACAGAUCUCCCCUGUCAAAGGGCAGCAGAAGCCUUCUUUGGUCACAGAGAAGACUCUUCCUCAGGAAUCAUUCAUCUCCCAAGUGCCAUUAAGAUUACAGAUCAAAGUGUCUGGCCAGAGGGGUGGUUUGGGUAUCAGCAUUGCUGGUGGGAAAGGGUCUUUGCCCUACAAAGACCACGACGAGGGCAUUUUUAUUUCCAGAGUAACUAAAGGAGGGCCUUCAGAAAGGGCAGGGGUCCAUGUAGGGGACAGAUUGCUGGAGGUUAACGGUCUCAGCAUGCAGGGGGCAGCCCACCAUGAGGCGGUCAGUGCCCUCAGGAAUGCUGGGAGCUGUAUCAAGAUGAAAGUACUCAGAGAGAGGCUGUUACCUCCAGAGAUAUGUGUCCAAGAUGAACCUCAGGAUGCUCAGGACGUGAAGAGUCGACAGCUGUGCAUCCAGGAUCCUGCAGGCCAGAAGAGUAAACAGCAGAAGAUGGAGAGCACAGAGGACUGUUUGUCUAAGAGGACUGACACCACUGUCUGCAACGGCAAUGGCAUUUCUGAUUUGCAGAAGGACCUGAAAUCAACCUUGUCAAAAGAAACCUCCAUGAAAAAUGACCCAUUUCAAGGGGUGAAACAAACAAUGACAAUCCCACGGAUCAUCCUCACUCAUCCUUCUACCUCUGAUGAAGAUGUGGAGCUCUUGACACAAAGCCCCGGCAGAGAGACGCUGCAUGACAUUGACAUUACUGACAGACAUAUGCAAUCUGACUGUUUUGACAGCGCUUUCUAUCCACCUUGACCACAGAGGACCACAGGCUGUCCAUACCCAGCGCUUCAGUGUUUGGUACUGAAGUAUUUUCAGUGAUUUUACUGUGACGGUUUAGUGUAACGCAUCGACUGCGGUCACUGCAAAGCUUUGCUCUCUGUCAGAUUUAAUUGCUGCUAAUGUCACUUGAUGAGCCAUUUCUGCAAAAAAGGACAAUUUUAGAAUUUAUGGAUUUAGAUUUAUAUCUAAAUAGACUGUAAACCCACCGUUUUGUAACAUAAUAAUGUGAAGUACAGUUAAAAAUGGGUGCUGCUGUCUACCUCUCAAUCGUACGGGUUGGAUGUGCUGAUAGAUAAUGAUUCUACUGGCAACAACGUGAAGCCCUGAAACCUUUUAUGGUUUGCUCCCAGAUAAAAUGUCACAUGACUGAACAGAGCACAUUGCAGGGUGUCCGGGUCCUGCAGAGACAGACUGAACUCUGCUUCACGUCUUCACACACCUGCUGUAUGAGCUAAUUUGGGAUACAUGAGAUUAUUCACCGUGCAGAAAUGUUUCUGAGAGGGAAAAGACAGCAGUCGUCACAACAGAGGAGUUUACCUUGCCUCCAAAAGCUAAAAUGUGCAAACUGUAGAUUCAUUUCAGUACCUGCCUUGCAUUAUUCCUCGUGUUUACUUUCUCACAGUUAAAAGAAAAAUUAAGCGCUCAGUCGUUCUGUCAAUAAAUAAGUGGUGCGUUAAAUGUAAA